GCGUGCCUCGGGCGCUCGUGAGCGCUAUCUCCGAGCUAUCUUUGAAGGACGCCACAGUCGGCGCCUUGCUCCAGUUCGUGUACGACCUGAACCUCUGGGCGACCCUCGGUGCGAAAAAGAACCUGGGGCUCGACAACGUGCCGAUGCGGAUGCUCAUGAAGGGCCAUGCCUUCUCGCCGCUCUAUUGGAAGGAGGUGCACAAUGCCCUUGUCGACCUCGUACGCCAGGUGGGCUUCCCGAAGCUGUUCUUCACCAUUGCGCCGUGGGAGCCAUGCUUCAAGUACCACGACUGGCUGCGCGAUGAAAUGGAGAAGACACUGCGAACCCGCAUGUACCUCCCCGUGGGCGAGACGCUGCACAUGUCGCACGUGCCCAUGCAGAUCGUCCGAGGCAUGCUGGCGGGCAAUAACUCCCAGAAUAUGGGCGACAGCAGCAAAUGCUGGACACAGCACGUGUUCGCCGCGAAAGACGCCGACGGCAAACAGGUUCGCGUCCAGACUUUCACGCGGCUGGAGUUCCAGGACGGCAGCCGCAAGGAGGACACGAAGCGCUACGACGGCUCCGGCCGGCCGCACCUGCACGUUCUGUUCUUCGCGGACGACGACGCCAUGGCGAACAUGGGAUUGGAGCAUCACCUCUUUGCGACCAAGCCCGACGGCUUCUCGGACGACCUGAAGGGCUAUGUGGACGGAUCGCAGCUCAACAAGCACGGCGACGCAGAGAGCAAGUGGCCGAUCUACCACGGCCCGUCGGGGGUGCACGGCGACGAUGGUGUCCUCCAGCUCAAGCACACCGAGGAGGACCACGACGCGGGCCUCCGAGCGUACUGCGCUGACGUAAUGGACGGGCUCCCUUGCCAUCAGGACUGGCAGACCAGCGACGGGGAGGCCAUGCUCCUGCAAUACGUGUCCAAGUAUGUGGCGAAGUUCUCGGACAGCAGCUACGACGAGUGGAUGAGCGACAAGGCCUCCGCGGACAGCGUGGCCAGGCGCGUCUGCUUCGAGUACCACCCCUACGAGCCAGAGAUGAUCCUGCAGCUGUGUGGAGCGCAAUUCAGACAGUACGACAUCUCUACGGUCAGCGGCGGCUUCCGCACCGUGACGGCGCCUUACUCGGGCAUGGCGGAUGUGCCCGACUGGGUCCAGAGGUAUGUUGACUGCUCGUGGCGCCACGAGGGCAUGACGCUCUUGGAGUGGCUUCGGAAGACUACUGACGACGGCGCCAUCGCUGGAUGGCUGAAGCGCAAGCACAAGCAGGAGCUGGUGUUGGCCCUGUACAGGCGGUACCGCGCGACCUUGCCCGAGGGCGAGGAGCCCCAGGCGCUCGACGCUCACUGGCGCUUCCUGCGCGCUGAGUACAAAGGCAUGGCCGAUGCUGAUGGCGGAGGUAGCGGGAACAGUGACAAAGCCUCCGACGCCGAAGACGAGGAGCAGCCGAAGACCUUCGAGGAGUUCCUCGCGAAGAAGCACAGAGACGAAAAGAGCGAGGGCGAGGGCGACUUUCCGAACCUCAAGGAGUUCGCGCGAGCCUACCGCAUGCAGGGCGAGAAGGUGGUCAGCGUCGACACGGUAUACGAGCUCAACGACCGCUACUACGGCCAGUGGGCUGCAAUGAACGUGCCGUUCCGAUCGCUCGACGAGCUCGAGUUCGAGGAUGUCAAUCGCCUGGUUCCGCAGAAAUACAAGUAUCUCGCGGCGGCGCUGCGACUGUGCUCUGACCAGGGCCGCGUCGCUGAAGAGCACCAUGACUUGUUCACCGAUGACAGGCGGCUCGUGGACUACAUGAGCGCUUCCGCGAAGUCCAGCAAGUUCACCGAGGCUGUGCAUCGCAUGAUCGUGGGGCAGCGGAAGCUGAUCAACAUGUACCUGACGGGCAUCAUCGACAAGGCCGACGAGAAGGCCGCGGCCGACGUCGAGGCCGCCGUCAUCGGCAACCGCAGGCCAGCGCGCGACGAGGGCCAGGAGGAGGUCGACUUCAACCCGAAGCAGCUGCAGCUGGAGGAGGCGAUCAACGAGCGCGUGGACCGCGCGGUGCGGGCAGAGCUGUCGGAGGACUGGGAGGAGGCCGACGAGGCGCGCGAGGAAGCCUACAAGAAGAACACGCCCGUCAUCUGCUUAGGAAAGCCUGGAACUGGGAAGACCACCGUGGUAAAGUUUUGCAUUCGGCGCGCCCAGGAGCAAGGCGCGCGCGUGCUCUUCGCCCUCCCGACGGCGCAGCUGUCCAGCCGCAUGAGAGCCGCGCUGCAAGACCUGGGGGGCCUAACGGUGGACACGUGCCACGCCGCAUUCAAGCUGCACGAUCCAAUCACAGAGAGUCUUCACAGGAUGACGGACUUCGACUUGGUGGUGGUUGACGAGGUAUCGCUGCUGAGUUGCGAAAGCUUCGAGCGCAUCCUGAAGCUCUGGAGCGUCGCGGGGAAAGUCCCCGCGCUGGUCUUCCUCGGAGACAAGCACCAGCUCCCUGGGGUGGAACCGACACGUCCUUGGGAGAGUGCCGCAUGGAAGCGGCCGCGCUGCUUCCACGUGAAGCUCACCGAGACCUGGCGGUGCAAGGAGGAACGCUUCCAGGAGAUCCUGGACGAGCUCCGGACAGACAAGCCCUCCAAGGAGACGUUCCGCAAGAUCGUGCGCGGCCACAAGGCGUGGAAGAGCAGAGGCGACCCCGCGCCCGCCGAAAUGAAGAAGCUCUUCGAGAAGCACCCAGACACGCGGAUCGUCACCUGCACGCGCAGGGGCGCUGCGGCCGUGAACGAGGCGGCAGUCGCUGCGCUGUACGGCCGCAAGACCCCGCUGGCCAGGCUGGACGGCGACGUGGAACUCAACCCCGAGAACUACCUGGAUGGCAAGCUUCGCACUGAUCGCCGUCUGGUCCCAAGCAGAGUACCGAUUCACAAGGGAAUGCAAUUGUACCUGACGAAGAACAAGAACAAGGAGGCCGACGAGGUGAAUGGCAUGCUUUGCGUGGUGGAGAACUACCACGCCGAGGAGGACAUGCUGCGCGUGAUGACGAAGACGGGCCACCGUCUGGCGAUCACUCGCUGGACCGACCGCGAGAAGGGCAAUGCGGUCUACUUUCCGAUUCGUCUCGGCUACGCCAGCACCAUCGACAAGGUGCAGGGCGACGAGUUCCCCCACAUCACGAUAUACCUGGACGGGUGGCCUAGACCAGCAGCGGGAUAUACAGCGCUCAGCCGCGUUGCAACGUCGGAUGAUUACUUGAUCGGCGGCUUCGUGGAGCGCGACAACUUCAUACCCGCGUUCUGA